AUGACUCAGUAUAUCAAAUGGAUGGAGCCGUCCGUUGAUUCGGGGAUGGAGCGCACGGAGCGCUUGUUCCCCACGCGACACUAUGGACAGGAGCGUGGCAAGAACCCACAGACAAGCGAGAGCGGGUCUUCGACCCUUGUGGACCGAGCGCAUGACAGGCGACAAGAGAAGGCACUGGCUGUAGAUUUAAAGCCGACGAAGAGAUGGCGAGAAGAAGAACUUCCGAGUGUUCGGGACGAGGUCGAGCUGGCUGCAGGAGGAAAGGAGCACCGCGCACGACCCUUCCAGAGUAUCCUUCCGACCACCACCAUGGACGCCGCCGACCAGGACCCUCCCCACCGUCGCCUGCCAACACUCGUCCAGCUCUGCCAACGGGCGGCAGUGGCGAAUAUCGAUGCCAUCUACAGCCUAGGGGAUACUCUGGCCUACCCGCUUGUCAAGCCCGUUUUGGAGGAAUGUUCACCUGAGCAGCUCGUCCGCUUUGAACAACUGUCCCCACAUCUCAGGAAAGACACUCCAGAAAUAUGGAAGGACUUGUGUUUCCGAAAAUAUCGUUUAACGGCUGUAGAGCGAUACUCAUCUGAUGACGACCCACAGGAACCAGACUCAUGGAAAUCUAGAUAUUUUACAUUACAGGACGCGGAAGCUAAACGCAUCGAGGAAGUGGGAUCUAGAAUCCGCUCGCAGAGGCGCGAAGCAGAUGAGCGAAAGAAGGAAAAGGAAGUCAAAUACACAGAUCGUGUUCCUCCGCUCAAACGUCCGAGAAUGGGUGCAUGGAACACAACCAUACAACCAAAGAGUUUAUUCCAGAAAACUAGAUCAGAGGCCUCGAAGGUCCAACGGGCGUUGAAUGCCCGUGUACUUCCUCCUAUGCCUUCGACAAGGGGCUAUCGAGUUCAGUCUCUCACGCCCAGCCCAGCUCUACCUUCAGCUCCUCCUUCGAGCACGAGUCGCGUCACCGUACAUACUGUCAUCCAUCGGCGUUCCGCUGCAGGACCUUCGUCACACACCUCGUCUAGCACCAUCCGACCGAGCCCAUUAGCUGUGUCGUCUAAGUCUUCGCCUCCGCCUCCGACCGAGCCCAAGUCGAUCCCUCCUGCCCACCACACAUUGCCGUCGACGGCCGCCGCGGUAGCAGUAACAGAUCCUCCAGGCCCACGUGUCAACCCAAAGUCUUCUCCUGUGAAGAAAGAUCCAAUGGCAUCCCUAUUUGUGCCCAAACGGAAACUUAAAGCAUAUUCACAGCGUCCGGUAUAA